UCUCUCCCUCUCUCAUUUUUCCCAAAGUUGAAUAUUCCGCUUGCCUGGGAGCUGUAGCCAGCGGAGCGGUGCACCGGGCGCGGGGCUGGUAUUUUGAGUUGCGCCGCGCUGCUGCGCCGUGUGGGAACGGACUUUGGGGAGAAGGAAAUCAUCCACAGUAUCCCGCCCCCCCUUCCUCUGUCCACCCUUUCUCCUGUGUUUCUUCCAACUUCAUUUCGGGCUACUUUCAAGAUGACAGAAGAAAAGAGUAUUCGGCAUGUAAAGCUGGUUAUUGGCCAGCUUCCGUGGGAUUUGAUGUCACCUUUAGAUUGGUUCAACUGAAGAUGGAAACACUGGAGUCUGAGCUGACCUGCCCGAUCUGCCUGGAGUUGUUUGAAGAUCCCCUGCUCUUGCCCUGCGCCCACAGCCUGUGCUUCAACUGUGCACACCGCAUCCUGGUGUCUCACUGCUCCACCAGCAAGCCCCUUGAGUCCAUCUCGGCCUUUCAGUGCCCCACCUGUCGUUACGUCAUCACGCUGAAUCACCGCGGCCUGGAGGGCCUUAAGCGCAAUGUGACGCUGCAGAACAUCAUUGACCGCUUUCAAAAGGCCUCCCUUAGCGGCCCAAACUCCCCCACCGAGAGCCGGCGCCUGCAGCCGCAGCGGCCCUACACCGCCACCAUUAGCGGUACAAUAGCUGGAACAAUUGGCGGCGGUGGUGGCACAAGUGGAAGCAGCGCCCGCGGCAGCCCGGCCACUUCCAGCCACUCCCACCCGCACGCCAACCACACCAAUCACACCAACCACACCAACGCAAACCACAGCCCAGCUGUCGUUGCUAAAAUGGAUCCACGUAUCAGCUGCCAGUUCUGCGAGCAGGAUCCGCCUCGUGAGGCUGUCAAGACGUGUGUCACGUGUGAGGUAUCGUACUGCGACCGAUGCCUGCGUGCGACACACCCCAACAAGAAGCCGUUCACCAGCCACCGCCUGGUGGAGCCGGUACCGGACACUCACAUCCGUGGGCUGACCUGCCUGGAGCACGAGAAUGAGAAGGUCAACAUGUACUGCUUGGUGGACGACCAGCUCAUUUGUGCUCUCUGCAAGCUGGUUGGGCGCCACCGGGAGCACCAGGUGUCCUCACUCACUGAACGCUUUGAUAAACUCAAGCAAACCCUGGAGAACAACCUGACAAACCUGGUUAAGAGGAACAGUGAACUGGAGAAUCAAAUGGCCAAGCUGAUCCAGAUCUGUCAACAAGUGGAGGUGAACACAGCCAUGCAUGAAGCCAAGCUGGUGGAGGAGUGUGAUGAGCUAGUGGAGAUCAUCCGCCAGAGAAAACAGGUCAUUGCUGUGAAGAUCAAAGAGUCCAAGGUGAUGAAACUGCGUAAGUUGGCACAGCAGAUUGCAAACUGUCGCCAGUGUCUGGAGCGCUCUAGUGCCCUCAUCACACAAGCCGAACAGAGCCUGAAGGAGAACGACCACGCUCGAUUCCUGCAGACCGCCCGAAAUGUAGCCGAAAGGGUUGCCAUGGCGACGGCCUCCUCCCAGGUACUCAUCCCUGACGUCAACCUGAAUGAGGCAUUUGACAACUUUGCCCUGGACUUUUCCCGAGAAAAGAAGAUCCUGGAAGGACUAGAUUACUUAACAGCUCCCAACCCGCCAUCCAUAAGAGAGGAGCUGUGUACCGCUUCCCAUGACACCAUCACUGUCCACUGGACAUCAGAGGAUGAGUUCAGUGUCACCUCCUACGAGCUGCAGUACACCAUCUACACUGGCCAGACAAAUUUCAUCAGUGACUGUGAUAGACUGAACAGCUGGAUGAUCGUACCAAACAUCAAGCAAAACCACUACACGGUGCACGGCUUGCAGAGUGGCACCCGUUACAUCUUCUUUGUCAAGGCUAUCAACCAGGCAGGAAGCCGCAACAGUGAGCCAGCCCGCCUCAAAACUAACAGUCAACCCUUUAAGUUGGACCCAAAGACGGCCCACAAGAAGCUGCGUCUGUCCAACGACUGUCUGACCAUGGAGAAGGAUGAGAGCUCGCUGAAGAAGAGCCACACACCGGAGCGGUUCAGCGGAACGGGCUCCUAUGGCGCUGCUGGUAAUGUCUUCAUUGACAGCGGUUGCCACUACUGGGAGGUUCUACUGGGAGCAUCCACAUGGUAUGCCAUCGGCGUGGCUUACAAAUCAGCCCCGAAAAACGAAUGGAGUGGCAAGAACUCAUCCUCAUGGGUGUUCUCGCGCUGCAACAACAACUUUAUGGUGCGCCAUGACGGCAAGGAGAUGCUGGUGGAGGCAAGUCUGCAGCUGAGGCGGCUGGGUGUCCUGCUGGAUUAUGACAACAAUUCACUGUCCUUCCAUGAUGCCAUGAACUCCCAGCACAUUCACACCUUCGAAAUCUCCUUCCUCCUGCCUGUUGUACCCACUUUCAUGAUCUGGAACAAGUCGGUCAUGAUACUCUCAGGGCUACCCGUCCCUGACUUUGUCGAUGGUUUGGCCUCAGAUCUUCAAGAGCAGCAACAGCAGCAGAUGGGCCUGUGCCGACAAGAGUCACCAUACUUGACGGGGAUGAAGACCUGCCACUGAGAAAGGCCUACCAAUGGCCUAGCAGAGUCCACUCAGGCCCAGUGACUGAAAGGUUGAUUGGGAGCUAAAAGACAUUGAUAGUGUGACUGAGUUCUGCUCUAUCCUCUGCAUUAAGAGUGGACCAGUUACUUUCUUAUGGAUUUAGAAGGUGUUGGAAAUAUGCACACCAGUCUGGAAAAAUGAGUCCUGUUAGUUUGUAGCCAUCCAAUGCUUUGCAAAUACAUCAGUGAAUGGGAACAAGGUCUGUUAACUGCAAACAGCAGUAGACCUAAAAUUCAUCUGAUGCCCUGGAGUCACUGAGGGCAGGGCUGGACAUCUGGUUUUCUUGACCAUUUAAGGUCUUCCUUUUUGAUUUAUUCUGUUUGACCCUGGGCAGAAGACCAAGGAGGGAAUGUUCUCUUCAACCAUUUACAGUUUGAAGUUACAACAUGUGAACAGCAGUUACUCUAUGUCUCAUCUGAGGUAGAUUUAAAAAAUAAAACACAGAUUCAGACAUACAUAUUUAUGUCUAACUAUGUACUACUAAAUUUAACAAAAACAAAAUUAGAUUUGACACAACUUUCUUGGCAACACUUUGAUGAUCGGUACCACUUUCAUGUCAGUAUGCUAAAUACGAAACCAAAGCCAGCAGUUGGAUUAGCUUAGCAUCGCGUAAGGAUGGGAUGGUUUCCAGCCUGAUAGCUCUAUCACAUUUCUUCCUAUAAAGCCACAACAAUGUCGAUUUUACAUUUCUCUUUUUUAUGGUUUAAACAAACAAGAUACAAAGUGUACGUUUAUGAACUUUAAAGGCACUACUAGGUGGACUUUGGACAGAGCAUGGCUAGCUGUUUCCAGUGCUAAGCUAACCUGCUGGCUAGAGACAUGAGAGUGGCAUUAAUAUUCUCAUAUAACUUUCUCAUCGAAUUUAUUUCUUUAAAUGUGGAUGUGUCUUCCUUGAGUCCACUUUAUUGUACGAUCUAGAUGCUAUCAUCUUGCUAAUGCGAAUACAUGCUCGCUGUGGACUUUUUGUGUUGCAUAACUACAGGGUGCGUUACAAAUCUUCUGGUGUCACUGUUCAUGUGUUGUACCCUCAGUCGCUGUAAGUGGCCGUUGCUAAAGUCUUUUUGACGCAGCAGUCCUGUUUGUAUUGCCGUGUCGUUGCUUCCAAGUUUCAGGAAGUAUUAACGUUGCUCCCAGAUAUGAAGAUCACAGGGGGUAGAUUUGCAUCAUGUGACUACUCGACUUGUAUAAUAAGAGGUUUAUUGAAUAUUAGAGGAAAAAGUGUUAUUUAUGACAAAAAAGAUGGUUUACUUUUAUUAUUAAUCUCAACAUAUUCAUGAUGCACUUUUUAAUUAACACAAUUUCCCCUCUAUGAGUAUGAAAGUAGAGCGAUGUUGCAGGGAUGUAAUGGGGAGGGAAAGUGACAAAUAGCACUACUGCUGGUUGUGUUCAUUCGUCUGAAAAUCACCUUAUUCUCUAACUCAUAUUUAGAUAAUGAUUUAUGGUCAAUAAUUCAUAAUGAUUACCUAAUGUUAAUAACUAUAAUAAUAAAGUGUAUUGCAAUAAACCACUAUUAAAACUAACAUUUUGUCUUGCUUACACCUAAUCUGUGCACUAAAAGCAAUUCAAUAAUAAAAGAGAAGCCCCUGCUGUAAAGUUAAAAAUGUUUUUUUUUUCACUGUGCUAU